AUGGGCGACGUUGCUUCAGACGUCCACAUGCGGUUUGCCGAGGCCGACUGCGUCCCGGCCUGGGAGCGCCGCCGGGUUCCGCGUGGGUACAGCGUCGACCUGGCGACGCUGGGCCUCACCGCCGGCCCACAGGCCAUGGGCGCAACCGUCGACCGCGACGCGGGCAUGCACCCGACACGGCUGGACACCGCUCUGUGGACAAUCACCAUCGCAGACCGCGUCGUCUACCGCGCCUGGCUCGACAAGUCCGAGGUUGUCGACACCGCCCUCCGCAUCUUCACCGGCGAGCUGCUCCCGGCCGACGACAAUCACAACGCCGCUGCUCCGUCCACACAGCCUGCGCCCACUCAGCCUGCGGGAGCCGAUCCGCCCACGCUCAAGGCCUUGAGGAGUGGCAUCCUGUCCGGUGCCCGAUCCGCGGUCUCGGGGCUGAAGUCCGCCGGCGUGCCCAGGCCCGAUCCGCGGCUCGUCGCCCCCGAGCGCGCCAAGCGCGCGCUCUCCGUCAUGGUCUGCGACCGCACGUCGGUGCCAACCUCGGUCUCGCCGACUCCGGGCCAGGAUCCGCAAAAGCUUGGCGUCCAUCCCGAUGCCGGCUGGUACUGCUACGCGUUUGUCGUCGGUUCCACUACUGCCCACUGCGGUUGGUACGCCCAUGACGAGGUUGAGCUUGUUGCCCACUACCUCGUCCAGGACAUCAACGCUGGCGUCGAAACAUACACCGGCGCCAACGGCUACUACGGGCCGGUGGCUAGCAACACGUCAGCCUCGCCGUACAAAGGUAACGGACUCGUCGGCGUUGACCCGAUGUCGUCCCAGGUCCAGGCCAAGCGCGCGGCCGAGGCUGCGGCCGUCGAUCCCGUCGACCGCGCCGCGCCCUCGCCAGACAUGCGCGUUGUGCUUGAUGGCUACAUCACCGACGGUCUUGAGCUCGUUGCCGUCGUCGACUCAUCCAAGGGCAUGCACCCGACGCUCCCCAGCGCCGCAUUCUACUCCAUCCGCGCCUUUCCGGGCGCAAAAGUCCCGUUUCGCGGCUGGCUCAUCCGCUCUGAAGUGCCGCACGUCGCCAAUGCCCUUGUCACUGGCACCUCGACCGCUCGUGCGAAGCCGGCUAGCCGCGCAUCCGAUGCCAACGACAAGGCCAAGAAGGCCAAGAAGGCCAAGGCCAAGGCCAAGAAGGCCAAGACCAAGGCCAAGAAGAAGACCAAGACCAAGGCCGAGAAGAAGACCAAGAAGCGCGAGCCGUUUGACCUAGAGUCGAUGCUCAAGUCGGGCAACCUCGACGACCCGACCUCCAGCGCAGCGGCGGCCAUCAAUUCGACCAGCGACGCGUCCCUGAUACAUACAGCAGACAGCAGGAGGGUAUCCACGGCGAAUCGCUCGGGGAAGCCUGCCAGCGACGACAACCCGUCGCUGCUGCCGUCACCGCCUCCGGGCGAACUGCCUCCUGACGUCCUCUCGGUCAUGUUUGACCCCACCGACCCCCUGGCCAAGCCAGCGGUCGUCAACAGCAUUGCCGACCUUGUCGCUGGUGAUCUCUCUCCGGAGAUCAGCAAUCGCCUCUUCCUCGACCCAAAGCCCAAGACCAAGUCCACGCCCAAGUCCAAGCCCAAGUCCAAGCCCAAGUCCAAGCCCAAGUCCAAGCCCAAGUCCACACCCAAGUCCACCCCCAAGCCCAAGCCCAAGCCCAAGCAACAUUCCCCUUCCGCAGAUUUCGGCGACGACGGCCCGCUCUUCUCCGACAAUGACGACUUUCAGCCGUCCCUCCCACCCCCACCCCCUCCUCCCGCCCCCGCCCCGACCUUCCUUCCGAUCACCACCCUGCUCGACGCCGUCAAGGUGCUUCUCGGCGAAGACGCAAACAGCCAGUGGAUGCUCUCCUCGCCCGACAUCCUGGGCGGCGUCGCCAAGAGCUUUGAGAAGAAGCGAAUGACGCUGACAGUGCCCAACGCGCCUGGUCUGGUCAUCCACAUUGUGACGGCCCACAGCGGCAAGCCGCACACCGAGCACGGCUUCAUCUACCCGUCGUUCAUCACCGCUGGCCCCUCCGUCGACCGCAUCGUCUACACUGGCUGGUCAUCCAUUGUCCAGCUGCACGCCAAGGCGGUCGAGCUGUGCCAGUCGCCGGCCACUGAGGUCGCCAGCUCACCGUCCAGGCCGACGUCCAACGCCCGCGCCGCUGCCCCGUCGCCGGCCCGCAGCACUCCGCCCCGGCAGGCCGCGCGCCGGACCUCGUAUGUGGCCAUCGGCUCGUCCGAGUCCGAGGUCGGUUCCAACGACUUUUCGUCCUCCUCUGACUCUGAAUCGAUCUACUCGCCGCCGUCCAAGCCCAAGCGCAAGCGGCCGCGCCGGUCAUCGACCGCGUCCUCCCGCUCGCCGAAGCGCGCCAAGGGCCUGUAG